UUUCUCACGGUGUCUUUUAAACCCGAAGUAGAAGCCACGGUAUUCGUAUUGAUACGGAGUUGAAUGUUUUAGGUUUUGAAAAACGUGCUCUACGUCUCUUUUUAAAAAUGGUCUCAUCAGCUGUCUUGCCGAAGCUGGCGACCUUGAUUUAGCACGAAGCAGUGUCCCCCUUUCGAACUUUGUCCUUGCCUUUCUCCCAAAAUUAAUACCACUUUCUCAAGCGAAUGUACGAACGUCCGGAGACGAAAAAAUGCCGGUGACGCAAUCCAGGCGAGUCGUCGAUCAAACGAACGAGACGAAUCUCUCGCGACCGGACAUAAUGAACAGGAAGAGGGUUAAUCUGCCAUUCGAAGUUAUCAAAAGUCACGCUACAAUAAUAGACAAGCAGAUUAGCCUCUAUGAAUAAAUUUUAUUUGCACUCCAACAGCAACACGUGUCCGGGGGGCUUUGGAAUGGCAUUUAUCUCGCAUCCUCGUUACGUAACACUAUGCCAACGCACGAGACUUUUUCAUCCUCGCGAAAAUCCGGGUUCCGCGUGUUAAAGAUUAAAAUCGUUUUUUCGCAUCCGCUUUACCGCUGGUUGGAGGCGUCGUCACGAUCGUUGCAAUUCAGCAAAGUUCUUUGCUCAACUCCGCUGUGAAUUUUAAACUUAACCUUCGUGUCGGCUAGAUGCAAAGCGAUUGUUCGUUGCGCGUGUGUGAUUCAAUGGGAAAUUCCAAGUUUUAUAUUGAUGCGAAUGAAAGAAAAGAAGAUCGGUACAACAGAAUUCUUUCGGGCGGCCAGGAAGAGCUAGAAAUCUGCAUCGAAGCGAGAGCUUCGGGGUUGAGUACGCGCAGACUCCUCACUUAUUAUUAUUUUGAUGUACACACGCGAGAGAAAAAAUCGACGGAGGAUUCGCAGGUGUGGAGAAAGAAGCUUGGCGAGCCUGGCUGCAGGUGGAGUUGCUGAGAACUCGAGUUUCCGAGCUCCUGCGUCCAGGUGGAGCUGGGACUCGGAGGAGGGGACGCUCGCCUAAAACGGUCGCGUUUUAUUUGUCCCGCGGUUGUUGGCAGAGAUUGCGAGAGAAGUGGAGGGGACGAAGAAGAAAAAAGGACGAAGUGAAAGACUUCUGUACACCAACGGACGCCGGCUGACGAUACGACGAAAGACGUUUCCACGACGAGGAUAGAAGCGAAGGCAAAAGUUAUAGAAACGCGCGGUUGUCAUGAUUGUCAGACACGCGAAUUAUCGACGAAUCGUAAGACACGUGGGUUUAUACGCGAAUAAAUGCAGUGCGGGAAUAAAUGAGAAUACUUUAGAAACACGAAGUUGCUAUUGAAUGACGAGCGCGAGGCUACGGUAAAACUGACAGGUAGUUCUCCCGAGAAAGGGAGAAGUAACGCUGCUACUCGAAUCGCUAACUCGAGUGAGCAACGAGAGAUAAGUGGAAGAAGGCAGUUUAGGAGUCGCAUACACGCGCAAUGGGUGGACAUUGGGAUCGGCAAAAUCUCGGAGAAUUGGUCACCUGUCGAUGAAUUUUAUAACCGACGAAUGAGAGCUUUGACGAGUAACGUGGAGAGCUAACGUAGGAUUAAAACUCGAGUAAUAUAUUAGCUGAGUCGGCGGCGAGGGUUUUUUCUUUCGGAAAUGUAUUCCUGGUUGACUGUACUGUUGCUCGGGCUGUUAUGGUUGCGGGAAUUUCCCGGUGCGCGGGGCUCGACGGACGUUCGGGGAUCGCCGAACCAUGUAGCAUCGAACAACGAGGAGUCUGUUCUGAUAGAAAAAUGUUGCGGCCGGGAGGAACUACUGGUCGACGACAAUUGCACACCGAUUAAGGAGACGAACGAAAUGAACGAGACGAAAGUUUGGCAACCCGAAUUCGUGGACGGAACAAGAAAAAUACGAAGAGAACGAAUAAAUUAUGAAGUGCGAGUCGGAAGACCGAUUUGUCGCAGCGACGAGCACGAAUCCCACGUUUAUUAUUAUCCGAACGGCGGCGACCGGUUGGCCAUUCUCACUUCCGGCCAAUUGCGACAUUUUAUUCCUGAAAAACAACGCGACUUUGCCCAAGAAUCGGACACCGAAUUGUUCGAAUCGUACGACGAGAACGACCCGGAUUAUCUUCAAACUAUACAUUACGACUAUCCCUUCGGACAUUAUUGCAUCGACAAAGCGGUUCUAAGCGGCGAACGACUAGUCGCCACUUACGCCAUGCUCUGCGUACCCGUUCUAACCACCAGUUGGACUGACACUUCCUACUUCAUGGGACAUCUCGUUGAUCCCAUUUUCAGGGCCUUCACCAUUCUCAGUUACCUCAUCGUUGCCAUUGUUUAUUUUGUUCUACCACAGCUGCGCGAUCUCGUCGGUAAUAUGAUUACGAGCAUGAGCCUCUGCCUUCUCACCAGUCAAUCUGCCGCUACCGUCAGAAUCUUCACCGAAUACGGGAAUCAUGUUAGUUUUCUUGUUGCCGAUACCGUUGCAUACGUGUCGCUGCUGGCGGCAUUUUUUUGGUUAAAUGCAAUCGGUUAUUACGUGUGGACUACGUUCAGAUCGCGAAAUGUAUUUCUCCGGGUUACGGAUGGACGGAAGUACUGUUACUACUCGAGUUACGUGUGGGGUUCGACGGUGACGAUAUCGGCGAUGGCAAUAUUCGCACACUUCGCACUGGAGACGAACAAGCCGUUGAUUACGACGGGAAUGGCGCAUCCGCCCCAAGAAACAGUCGGAUGGCUUGGCCUUUCCGUUAUUUUUGCUACUAUCGCGUUCACCAUUAUCGUCGACUUGUGCUUCGUCCUCACGACUUCGAAUACUAUCAAACGAAUGAGCACUUACGGUAGAAUCCAUCAUAAAAUGAAAUACAGUUUCCGUAUGUUUUCUCUUUUGUUCGGGAUCAUGAGCACAGGCUGGUUGGCUCUUUUGUUGUCGCAGCUCAAAUUCGAGGUUCUCAUCUAUUCUCACAUAGUACUUAAUUUUUUGCAAGCCGUACUAGUACUCUACGUCUGUGUCUUCGGUCAAAAAAGAGUCACUUUUUUGCUCGGUAAAACUUGCAAUUGUUGCAACAACAAUGAAAGCCCCGAAGGCCUUGAUUGGGGCGAAGAAAUGACUGCCAUUAAUGCUGGUUACUAAAAAAUCUAAAGGAUUGAAAUAAUCGUCCUUUGGAUCUCAGUGAUCUUUAAGCCAAGAGUGCCAUUUUUUUUUUUUACUAUUUGAGCUAUGAUUAUAUUUCACGUUAAAAAUGAACUAACGAAUUUUGAGACCAACCAAAUUCAGACCUGCACAACAUAGAAGUCUAAGUGACCUUAUUGCGAUUAAGACAUGGUUCUCGAAAAGAGACAAACAUUGAGCACGAUACUUGACUCCAUCUUCAUAUAGUAUUAAUAUUUAUACGAAAAAAUGUAAUUUUUAGAACGAAUUUUACAAAUGUAUUUUUCAUUUCUUUUUUUUAUACUGGAAUGGUGAGAGAAAAAUAAUAAAAGCUUCGGUUUCGUCAAUCGAA